UAUUAGUCUGCCAUGCCAGGUAGGAAGAACUCCAUUGAUGGCAGCAGCCAUGUUCCUUCUUGCCUCUGUAGCUCUCUUCCUCUCGUGGGUGGUGGUGAAGACAGCAUACUCGCUGUGGUGGAAGCCCAGGCAGUACGCAGAGACCUUCAAGAGGCAGGGAAUCCAUGGCUACCCUUAUAAGUUCUUCGUCGGCAACUCGAGGGAAGCGGCGAUCAUGCAAGAGAAAGCGUUGGCCAAGCCCAUGGCCUUCUCUCAUGAGUUAGUUUCACGAAUUGAUCCCUUCUUUAAGGAAUCUGCUGAUAAAUACGGUAGAAUUUCUCUCGCUUGGUUUGGGAAGGCACCGCAGCUAAUCCUCACGGAUGCGGAGUUGGUAAAAGAAGUCCUCGUCAACAAGUCUGGGCAUUUCUCAAAGCCCCAUCAGUCGGCAGUGAGGAAGAUGCUGGCAAGCGGCAUCGUCACCUUGGAAGGUGAACAAUGGGCAGUCCAGAGAAGGCGCCUCAAUCCUGUUUUCCAUUUGGAAAAACUCAAGGGAAUGCUGCCAUCAUUCUCCAGUUGUUGCAGUGAGCUGGUUGAAAGGUGGGGAAAAUCAAUUAGUCCCCAAGGAUCGUGUGAAUUAGAUGUAUGGAAGGAGUUUCAGAAUCUUACCGGAGAUGUCAUCUCUAGAACUGCCUUCGGCACUAACGCUGAUGAGGGCAGGCAGAUAUUCCAGAUGCACAAGGAACUGGCGGAGCUAGUGCUUCGAUCACUCACAAAAAUGUACAUCCCUGGAUUCAGGUUUUUGCCCACAAAGGACAACAAGAGGCAGAAGGAGAUAUACAGAAAGAUCAUCUCCCUGCUUAAUGACAUAGUUGAGAAGAGAGAGAAGGAAAUGCAGUUGGGGAUUGCAGAAAAUGAUGAUCUGUUGGGCAUAUUGUUGGAAUCAAACAGGAACCACCAAGAGAAUGGGAACAAGGGAAUGACAAGAGAGGAUGUCAUAGAUGAAUGCAGGCUCUUCUAUGUUGCUGGUCAGGAGACAACUUCAUUGUUGCUAACAUGGACCAUGGUUCUGCUCUCCAUGCACCCAAACUGGCAAAUACGUGCAAGGGAAGAGGUUCUUCAAAUCUGUGGAAAGUGCUUCCCCUCCUUUGACAGCUUAAGCCACCUGAAGACUGUCUCUACGAUUCUAAAUGAAGUUUUAAGACUGUAUCCACCUGUAGUUUCAACGGCUAGACGAACCUCUAAUACUGUCAAAUUGGGGGACUUCACUGUCCCAGAAGGUGUUCGUCUGGUUCUGCCACUGCUUCUCAUCCACCAUGAUCACAAGCUUUGGGGUGACGACGCUGAGGAAUUCAAUCCAGAGAGGUUCUCAGAAGGAAUUGCAAACGCGUCCAAGAACCAGUUGGCAUUCUUUCCAUUUAGUUGGGGUCCUCGGAUCUGCAUCGGCCAGACAUUUGCACUGAUUGAGGCCAAGAUGGCACUUGCCAUGAUUCUACAACGCUUCUCCUUCGAACUAUCACCAACCUAUGUUCAUGCUCCACACUCGAUCAUAACCCUUCAACCUCAGUAUGGAGCUCAAAUCAUCUUGCAUUCUAUCUGAGAAAAUUGAACAAACACUUAGAUCAUGGAAGAAGUAACGGGGCGACUUUCUGCUGCACAUGGAUUCUAUAGACAACCGAUGCAUCCCACCCGUUAUUGAAUGUGUAUCUUUCUAAUUGAUGACAAAAGUUCAAAACUUUGAGAUCAUGCAACUCUUUUGCGUGUGCUAUAUGUCAAUCCACCAAAGCUUUUUCUUUUUCUUA